AUGAGCUGCAGCAGUGUUGCAGGUUCAGAGUUCUCUGAGGAAGAGCUGGAGCUGGGAAUGCUGGGCCAAGGGGAGGAUGAUGGAAAUCCAAAGGCAUCUUUCCGAAACAGCGAGAGCUCAGCCAGCAGCCCGAGCGACCCAGAGGAGGGCCAGACCAAGAAGCGCAAUCGACCUGUCCGCUCAAAAGCUAGAAGAAUAGCUGCCAAUGUUCGCGAGCGGAAACGCAUCGUGGACUAUAACCAGGCCUUCAAUGCCCUGCGUGUUGCUCUGAACCAUGACCUCAGCGGCAAACGGCUCUCUAAGAUCGCCACACUGCAGAGGGCCAUCAAUCGUAUCUCUGCUCUCUCAGUAUUUCUUAGCUCCAACCCUCCCAGCAAGCCCUGCACUCACCGGGAGUGCAACAGGGCAUCUGUGGGGUCAGCUGCCAUGCCAUCUUCUAUACUUGAACAGACCAGGGUAGUAGUUCCUCGUCUGGAGCAUCAGAGCUACAUCGCCUGGCAGGCAUCCAUCUCUCACCAGAUGCAGCCGCAACAGGGCCCUCAUGUGCACAGGAUGCCCACAAAGCCACACAUCUUCAUAGAGAGCACUGUGUCAUCAUGUCCCCCAUCACCACAUUACCCUUGUUAUCCCACUGAGGGACAGCUUUAUGCCUCACAUGAACACUGCAGCGGCUCCCACGACCAUCUGCCCAGUCCUCUGCGAUACCCUCAGAUGGGUGAGGGGUUGGGGUACCAGCCAGGGCUGUGGGCCUCCUGCACUCAGGGAUACAUGGACACUUUUGUCAAGCUGUCUCCAGCUGGGGGGCUUCCAUGGCAGGUGAGCUACCGGCAGGAGCCAGAGCAUAGCCACUCUCUGUGCUCUGACAUACAUCCACCACUGUGA